GUUCCAUCCCGUGUGGUCGCUUGCCUUUCAUUUAUUUCCGUCUGGACUUCCGCUUUCAGACAACGAUCACCGCCACAGCCAGGGUCUCUGACAUUAUACCGACUGAGCUCACACUCUGGCCUCUUUGCAUACCCCACACCGAGAGCCGGCGGACAACCUGCCGAGACCUUUAUAUAGUAAAGGCAAUUGCAGCUAUACGAGUACUAGCACAAUAUGCGUACCGCAGCGCACGUGUUCUACCUAGCAGUCUUCUCGCUGCUGGGUAGCUCGCAUGCUGCCGGUAAUGUUGCGCCUUCGAAUGCGAAGAGUCCGCCGUCAAACGUCUGCAGUCUGGAACCUGGUGCGAUAGUAUCAGAUGCAUGCGCUAGCUACAGCACACUCGAACAACUGAACGAAGCCAUACACCCCUACCUCCACUCGAUUACGCAAAACACCGACUUCUUCUCGCACUACAGAUUAAGCUUAUUCAGCAAGAAAUGCCCGUUCUGGGAUGACGAGAAUGGCAUGUGUGGAAAUGUGGCGUGCGCGGUGAACACACUGGAGAACGAGGAGGAUAUACCCCUGGUGUGGCGCGCGAAGGAGCUGGGAAAGCUGGAAGGCCCAACAGCACAACAUCCAGGGAAGAAGCAACAGAGAGAGGAAAGGAAGAGGCCGCUACACGGAAGUCUGGGCGAGAAUGUCGACGAGAGCUGCGUGGUGGAAUACGACGACGAAUGCGACGACCGCGACUACUGCAUACCAGAAGACGAAUCGGCGACAGCAAAGGGAGACUAUGUCUCGCUGGUGGACAACCCAGAGCGCUUCACUGGAUACGCUGGAGUCGGCGCUCAGCAGGUUUGGGAAGCCAUAUACCGCGAGAAUUGUUUCAGCAAGCCGCCAAAGAUCGCGAAGGGCAGUGGACAAUCGGCGCCCACAGGAUCAUCUUCGCCGUUUGGUUCGUUUGGCAACCAGCAACAGAUGGUUGCAGCGAACCAGCUGCGCAAUGUCAUGAAGGAACAGGCCGUUCAGCAAAAGGUGCAAUCAGCGAUUGCGCAUGGCACUGCUGUCGCGCGACUGGAUCCCGUCGAGUUCGAUGACACAUGUCUGGAGAAGCGUGUCUUUCACCGAGUAAUAUCGGGUAUGCACGCGUCCAUCUCGACUCAUCUGUGCUACGAUUACUUGAACCAGACCACCGGACAGUGGGGCCCCAACCUAACCUGCUACGAGGAGCGACUUCACAACCACCCUGAACGUAUCUCGAACAUCUACUUCAACUAUGCGCUCAUCAUGCGCGCAGUAGGAAAGAUCAGGCAGCACAUCUCGGACUACUCGUUCUGCUCUGAGGAUCCCGAGCAAGACGCGCGCACGAAGAACUCUGUGUUGCGUCUCGCCUCCGCCUUGCCGUCGGGACCCGAGAUCUUCGAUGAAACUGUCAUGUUUCAGGAUCCUGACACGAUCGCGCUCAAGGAAGACUUCCGCCAACGCUUCAGGAACGUGAGCAGAAUCAUGGACUGCGUGGGUUGCGACAAGUGCAGACUCUGGGGCAAAGUGCAAACCAACGGCUACGGGACAGCACUGAAGGUGCUCUUCGAAUUCGACGAGAACGAUUCUUCAAAAGACCCACCUCUUCGCCGCACCGAGCUCGUCGCCCUUGUCAACACAAUGGACCGUCUAUCACACUCGCUGUCGGCCAUCAAGGACUUCCGUCGCAUGAUGGAUGAGCGUGAAGGCCAUUCUGGUUCCAUCGCACCUCCUGUCCCCGAGCCCUCAAAAGAGGUACUCAAGGCGAAGCUCGCUCUCGAAGAUUUAGACCAUGACGGCCUACCAGAAGAAGAAGUGCCUGACUUUAGACGCGACUGGGAUGCCUCCAACAUGACUAUGUGGCAAGAAGUCAUGGCUGAAUUCGAUCUGGUCAAGCGUGCUUUCAUGUACGUGCUGUUCCAGUGGACGCAGCUUCCUAGCAGACUCUCGAAGAUCUUCAUUCUUGAAGUCGGCCGUUUGUACAAUUGGUGGUUGGGCUUGGUUCCCGGACCGAGGAGUUGGGAGAUUCGCAUCCCGAGACAAGAUGAGCUUUGAGUUCGAUGGAAUUGCUGCUUGCAUGCAUGCAUAGCUGUGGUGUUUGGGUAUUUGGGCAUUUACGCGUAGAGGCAUUAAGAGGCGUUUACUAAGCAAUCAUGAUAUACGCAUUUGUACACA